ACUCAAUCGGGAGUUCUUCGGGUUGGAAAAGAAUAAUCAGAUAGAUUAUUCUAGAGCCUAAACGCUGCAUUGGGGUGUGGUCAAUAUUAAUUUUCCUAAUGCAACAGAUUUCACUGGAUAGUUGAGCUCCCUAGCUUACAAUCUUCUUCUUAAACCCACGGCACCAGUUUGAUCUAAUAUUACCAAGCUUUCACUCCUCUCUCCUUAAAUACAAGAAACUCCCACACUAUCCUUUCUCUCAUCACAACUCACACCCACGCCCACAAUCCACUUCAAACACCAUCUCCAAGCACGACUUUAACAACAUACUACCCCAACAACACACCUCUCAUCAAAAUGUCUACAAAUAACUCAACCAUGGGUCCUCCCUCCGAAGCAACCCGCCGCAAGCUCAUCGCGUUCUUCACAACACCCGUUUCAAGCACAAACGACUCCGAGUGCAUGAUCUGCCUCGAGUCACUCAGCACCAGCGCUAGCGAAGAGGACCCGGCAACCAAUCCCGCCCUUAAGCUGAAUGUCUGCGGCCACGUCGCCCACCACCACUGCCUCCUCACCUGGUCAAAGGAAAGUUCAAACUGCCCCCAUUGCCGACGGGGCAUGUUUGCAAAGCCCCAGCAAAAUCGCGCCUUGGAGAAGAUGCCAAUUUGCAAAUUUGCGAUUCCGUUCCUGAGUGGGGAGUACCUCGUCUCUUCAAGGUUAUAUAACGAGUGGCUGGACUCGGCUACGAGCGACAAGGAAUACGCCGCGGUUAUGGAGUUUAGGCAGGUUUGGGAUGAGAGCGAUAGCUUCCUGGAGGAGUAUCUUAGGGAUUAGGUCUUCCGGGUGUUGUUUUAGUUUUAGGAUGUUCUCUUGUGUCGGCGCUUGGGGUCUGUUUUGUUUUAGUGGAGUAUGAAUCUUUUCUUCUGAUCCUCAGAAAUCGCUCC